AUGAAGUGCUGGAUCGUACUGAUACUGUGUUUUACUGCUACGCAGCCGUUUCCUCUGACCAAUGAAAAGGGAAAGAUUAAUUAUUACGGAUCUUUAAUUGAUAUCUUUUAUCAUAGAUAUAAGCCCUCUGGAGUCAUCAUUUUAUCACCUGAAAAAGACUAUUCUUUUGAGAGUCUCACAUUCUGGCAUGCCAUUUCUAACGAAAUGUCUAAGAGAGGGAUAACAACGGCAAUCAUCGAUUCCCAAUCAUUCAGAGAUAGAUUCACAUUUUAUACUGCACAGAGUGUUCGCCCACUCGUUGUGAUUCUUCUCGGCAGUAUGGAAGAUAUAUAUACUUUCGGGAAAAUCACCAUGAAUUUAUACAUGAGCGAUAUUGCAUGGCUGGUACUAUUCUCCGGAGAUAGUGACGAGAAUGCUUGUAGCUUUUGCCACAAUCCAUUCGGCAACUUAUUAAAUUUAAAAUUCAAUUCCGAAGUAGCCAUUGCGUGCUGUGACUCAACCAUUAUCAAAGAGUGGUGGUCGAUCGGGAAUAAUCACACACGCGUAGGGCAACUGGGCCGGUGGAUUGACCAAAAUCGUGGAAUUCAGUGGUUUUCCAGCGAGGCUCUGCUCCAGCGUAGAAGAUCUUUGGAAGGUCGGGCAUUCCGUGUGUGCAUCGUCAAGGGAUCAAAUGACGCUUGGGAGAAAGAUGGUCAUUUCCACGGACCUUUGGGAAAACUUCUGGAAGCACUAUCUGAAUUCUUGAAUUUUACUAUAUCAACAGUGAUAAUCGAAGAUAAUCAGGGAUAUUGGGAUUCAGAUAUUUCGAGAUGGACCGGUGUUAUUGGGAGACUCGUACGAGGCGAAGCUGACAUUGGUCUAGCACCAUUCAUGAUGACUGCUGAACGACUAAAAGUAAUUGAUUUUACAGUUCCCAUUUAUGACGGAUUUUCACAACUAUACAUCAAGAAACCUGAUACAAUUGUUCUACACUGGAACGCUUACUUUCAGGUUCCCACUAUUUCUCGCUACUUUUCUCCUACAGUAAUUUGUCUGUUGUCACAAUUGAUAAUUUAUUUACAGGCCUUCCACGUGAAUAUAUGGGUGGUAAUCAUAGGGUCAAUUCUAAUAAUGCCUCUUUUUUUAACGUUGAUCAUAUACAGGAAACCAUUAUUCUUCGUCCCGUUGAUUUUCGAGAAUUAUUUAUCUGUAUGGGGUAUUUACUGUCAACAAGGAUUGCCAGUAUUUCCCGCUGAGACACCAUCAAAAAUAUUAUGCAUAUCAAUAUUCCUAUCAGCGCUAAUCGUGAGCGCGACAUACUCUGCGUCGUUAACCAGCUUUCUAGCCGUCUCGUCAUCGUACUUACCAUUUCAUACAAUGGAAGAAUUCGUUGAAGUUGGCACUUAUAAAUUAACAUCGAUAAAGGAUAGUUCAGAGUAUCUGAUGUUCAAGUCUUCUAACGAUACAGUCAUGCAAAAAAUGUGGUCCCUGAUGAAGCCCAAAGAAUCCCUCCCCGCAAAUGAGGAACAAGGAUUCUACCAGGUAUGUAACGAAAAAGUUGCAUUCCAUCUAACGACCGGGUAUCGAAAAGAGUAUCUGAACACUGCAACUACUUGUAAAAUCACUGCGAUCGAGACUACACGAAUUCAAGGUUCACCACUUGUCAUGCCAUUCCGCAGCGAGUUUACUGCAUUUUUCAAUUACUAUAUUCAACGAUACAAACACAGUGGAUUAGUUAGUCGGUGGAUAGAACACUAUCAUGUGGAACAAGAACUACCUAGGGCCAUUUAUCCGUCUGUACGGCUAGAAGGCGUCAUACCGCUCUUGGCUGCCUUAGCUGGUGGAUUCAUCAUUGCACUCAUUAUUUUCCUGACGGAGCGAAUUCUUCAUCGUCGAAGGGACAAGUUACGUCAUAAAAAAAUAGGAAAACUGCAACUGAUAACUUUUCAACGAAAGCAGUUCCCUCGUGCAACUUUUCAUAAAAAUCUUGGUUUCCGUUAUUAA